AUGUCUGAUACCGAGCCGAGUGAAGAAGUGUCCAGCACGCAGUCGAGGUCGGUGACGCCGUUGAUCUUGGAGCCGGAAGAACGUCUCACGCGCAGGGAUUCGCAGACAGAGCUGCACAGUCCUUCCAAGCGACAUUUUGCGCUGUCACCGCACCGUCUGAUCACGUCGAUCUCGAGACGAACAUCGCCCCACAAACCGCGGUCCAAAUCGGUGUCCAGAGUGGUGACCCCGAAAUUAUCUGCCCUGCCGCCACAUCGUCUCGCAAGCCUCGAUAAGGAUAAGCCCUCGAUAGAAGGGAUUUCCAAGUCGUUUGUGAGUUUCCUCACCACAGCGAGUGUUUACGCGGGAUUCGAGGACCUCGAAGGCGAAGAGCAACAGAUCGCCCCGGAAGAUGUCCCCACAGACGAACACUCUGAAGACAACGAAGAGUUCCCCAAUAUUGACUCCGAUAACGUCUCUGAUGACGAGGACGACCAGACCUGUCUUGCAAAUUCGCCCUCGCCGCUCGAUUUGACCAUUAAUGAAAACACCAAACCACCAGCACCACACUCUCCCCCACGACAGAUCCGCAAAGCCCGAUCCAGGUUCGAGUUCUCGGUUGCAAAGCGACUGUCCGAGUUCGACAACAACCAGCUCGUCCAGAAACGGGCCAUUGCGCUCUCCAACAAGCUCAAACGCACAUUCGACAUCUCCGACAACGACGAGUUCAUCAGCGAUUAUCCCUGCUGGUUGAUCGGAGACGUGCUGUUGCAGGGCCAUCUCUAUAUCACCAAGUUUGACAUUCUGUUCUUUGCGUUCUUGCCCAAGAAACAGGGAUCGAUCACCAAGUCCGGUGCGCUCACCACCAAGGCGUAUCCAUCACUGCGCGAGCACCGCAAAUGGGCUGUUCUGCGCAACAACACGUUCAGUGUUUAUGCCAACUCCACCGACCUGUACUUUCCCCUAUUGGUUAUCGAUCUUCGCACGGCGCUCCGUGCCGAGAUUCUGAAGAAGAACAGCUCCUCGCGAGAUCCUAGCAAACCCACGUGGAUCCGCAUCAUCACAGAGUCCAGAACACACUGGUUCCUGGCCGAUAACCUUGCUGCUGCCCGGUCCUGGACCUCGAGUCUGACCAAACACAUAUUUGCCUCGAAAAACAAAGGCGACCAGGUGGCCAUCAAGAUUCCGUUGCAGAACGUGGUUGAUCUUGAGCUGACCUCUGUGAUUGGAAUCACCAAAAACCUGCGGAUCAAGGUGAUUGAGAGCGCAGACACGUUUGCUGUGGACGAUUACUUUUUGAUGUUCUUCUCGAAAGGUGAAAAUGCAGUUGAGGAUAUCAAGAAGGUGAUUCACGAGGCCGGCGUUGAGAUCGCCGAGGGAACAGGAACAGACAGCGACGACGAAUACGGCGUGAAUUCGCACCUGCUCAAGUCCAAGAUUGAGAUUCUGAAACAGACACCGUCGAUGGUGAAGACGUCGAGCAAGCCGUCUGCUCCUGUUCUGCGCAUAGCAGAGAGUCUGAACGAGGACGAGUCGGAAAAGGGCUCGGACCAGUCAAAGGUGUUUUCCGAGGACGAGAUCGUCCCUGACGAGGAAGGACCAGCGGCCGACCAGGACACGGCAAGAGAAAGCGCAGAAACUGCGGAAACCGCAGAAAAGGACGGCACAGAAAAGAUCUCCCGGUCCACAAGCCGGCGCAACUGGUCCACGAGGUCGCUGGUGCAAGGCAUCACUGCUUUCACGCACCAUUGGAUCUCCACGUCUCCAAUCACGCAUUACGACGAAAAGUGUGCUAUUUUGCGCGGAGAGGAGGAUACGCAUUUUGUCAAGGACCAGGAACAGCGACAGGCGGCUACGGAACGGUUCAGAAGCCGGUUUUCGCUCGCCGACACGGAAAAGCUCAUAUCCACGUACCAUGCGUAUUUGGUGAAAGGAAUACCGUCCUAUGGAAAGAUAUACCUUGGGUCGAACGAGAUGUGUUUCCGGUCGACGAUUCCAGGAACAGGCACGAUUAUGAUUCUGCCGUUCACAGACAUCGAGAACAUCAUGAAGGAGAAAGGGUUCCGGUUCGGGUACUCUGGUCUGGUGAUUGUGAUUCAUGGCCACGAGGAGUUGUUCUUUGAGUUUGCUAGCGAUCAGGCCCGCGAUGACUGUGAGUUCCUGCUGCUAAAACAGAUCGACAUGUUCAAGAAAGGCAGCACCGACAGCGCGGCCACCAACGCGGGCGAGAACUCGAGCGACGAGUCGUGCAAGCUGGCCGAGUCCAACACGAGUCUUGCGUCUGCGCGGCUGCGGAUGUUUGAGAACAGGAUGCACGACGAGAUCGGUAUCGAUGUUCCGAUCAUCAUCGAGGAGCACCCGCUGCGCAAGACAAACCUCCGACCACUCAAGUCGUACCGGUUCACUUUACUGACGAUUGGGUCUCGUGGUGACGUGCAACCGUACAUUUCUCUGGGUAAAGCCUUGAUGAGAGAGGGCCACCAGGUGCGGAUCGUGACGCAUUCUGAGUUCGAGCCAUGGAUCAAGAAACACGGCAUCAGCUUUGCAGCCAUUGCAGGCGACCCGUCCGAGCUGAUGGCCUUGAUGGUGACUCAUCCUACAAUCAACUACAACUUCAUCAAGGAGGCCAAGUCCAAGUUCCGCAGCUGGAUCGAUGACCUGCUGGUGACCUCGUGGAACUCUUGUCAGGACACCGACGUUCUGAUCGAGUCUCCGUCGUCGAUCUGCGGCAUCCACAUUGCUGAGCGACUCAAGAUCCCGUACUUCCGCGCGUUCACCAUGCCCUGGACCCGUACACGGGCGUAUCCGCACGCGUUCAUGGUUCCCGACCAGAAGCUCGGCGGCGCGUACAACUACAUGACCUACGUGGCGUUUGAGAACGGGUACUGGCGUGGAACCGUGCACCAGAUCAACAAAUGGCGGGUUGAGACUCUGGGGCUGCCAAAGACGACUCUUGCCGAGGUCAAGGCAAACAACGUGCCAUUUCUGUACAACAUUUCGCCGACGGUGUUCCCGCCGCCUGUGGACUUCUCCGAAUGGGUGCAAGUGACGGGCUACUGGUUCCUGGACGAGAGUGACCGGUACGAGCCGCCUGGUGCUCUGUUGGCCUUUAUUGAGCAGGCGCGACACGACGACAAGAAACUCGUGUACAUUGGGUUUGGGUCGAUCGUGGUGUCGAACCCGGCCGAGCUGACACAGGCCGUGGUGGACGCGGUGUUGGAGGCCGACGUGCGGUGCAUCUUGAAUAAGGGCUGGUCCGACCGGCUGGGGUCCAAGUCGGAGGUGGAGAUUGUGCUCCCGCCGGAAAUUUACAACGCCGGCAACGUUCCGCACGAUUGGCUGUUCCCAAAAAUCGACGCGGCGGUCCACCAUGGCGGGUCCGGCACCACGGGCGCAUCGCUCAGGUUUGGUCUGCCCACGAUUAUCAAGCCGUUCUUUGGUGACCAAAAGUUCUAUGCUGGAAGGGUGGAGGAUUUGGGCUGUGGAAUAGCACUCAAAGAUUUGGACUACAAGAGUCUAGCAAAGGCUCUCAAGGAGGCCACCACAAGCACGCGGAUCGUCGAGAAGGCCAAGCUUGUUGGCGAGAAGAUCCGGUCGGAAAACGGGGUCCAAACAGCCAUCGACACCAUCUACCGCGAGAUGGAGUACGCACGAAGCAUCUCUGUUAGCAAAACACGACACGCGGUUCCUGUGAAGAGCGACGAAGAGGAAGAAGAUCAGGAAGUCGAAGGUUCGUGGCUACUAGUAUAA